AUGGUGACUGAAAGAGGAUAUUCAAUAUCAGCUGCAUUCAGAAUAUGUAGACCUGUACAACCUGUUCAAGGUAGUGAGCAGAGGUAUAUGCAAGAAUGUCUGGUCCUAUCUUCUGUUGAUCUUGCCAAUGCGCAGCAUAUUGAAUUGCAAAAAGGAGAAGACCGAUCUGUAAACACUGUAAUGUACCUACGCAGAGGUUUGCAAUUGCAGGGCAACAACGACAGCAGCUAUAAAUCAUGGUAUAUAGGUCCUGCACAUAUGCAAUUCGAAGAAUUGGAAGAAUAA